AUGGUUAAAAGAGUUUUAUUGUUAGGUUCUGGAUUUGUUGCUCAGCCAACGGUUGAUGCCUUGUCGAAGGAAAAUGGUAUUGAAGUCACCGUUGGGUGUAGAACUUUAGCUAAGGCCAAAAGUUUAGCUGAUCCAUAUGGUGCAAAUGCUAUUUCGGUUGAUGUUACAAAUACAGCUGAAUUUGAAGCAGUGUUAGAGAAAAAUGACGUGGUCAUUUCUUUAAUUCCAUACAUCUAUCAUGCCAGUGUGGUAAAGAGUGCAAUCAAACUUAAGAAGGAUGUAGUUACUUCUUCAUACAUUUCUCCUGCAUUGCGUGAAUUAGAAGAGGAUGUUAAGAAGUCUGGAAUCACUGUUAUGAAUGAAAUUGGUUUGGACCCAGGUAUUGAUCAUUUAUAUGCUAUUAAGACAAUUGAUGAAGUCCAUAAAAAAGAUGGGAAGCUCAAGAGCUUCUUGUCAUACUGUGGUGGUUUACCUGCUCCAGAAGAUUCUGAUAAUCCAUUAGGUUACAAAUUUUCUUGGUCUUCAAGAGGUGUAUUAUUGGCUUUAAGAAAUAGUGCAAAGUAUUAUAAAGAUGGCAAACUAGUGAAUAUCACAUCUGAGGAAUUAAUGACUUCUUCUAAACCAUAUUUUAUUUACCCAGGUUACGCUUUUGUUUGUUACCCAAACAGAGACUCUACUGUAUUUAAGGACCUAUAUUCCAUUCCUGAAGCUGAAACUGUAAUUAGAGGUACCUUGAGAUACCAAGGUUUCCCUGAAUUCAUAAAAGUCUUAGUUGAUAUUGGUUUAUUAGAUGAUACAGAAAACAAAAAUUUUUCAGACGCCAAUGUAUCUUGGUUAGAGGCUUUAAGUAAGUAUCUAAAAUUAACUGAAAUUAGUAAGGAAGCUCUACUUAAAAAGAUUGAUUCUUUAACUGUAUGGAAAGAUGAAGAUGAUAAAGAGCGUAUUAUUAAUGGUAUGAAAUGGUUAGGAUUUUUCUCCAAAGAUGAAAAAAUCAUUCCAAGAGGAAACCCAUUGGAUACUUUAUGUGCCACUUUAGAACAAAAAAUGCAAUAUGAGAAGAAUGAAAGAGAUUUAGUAGUUUUACAACAUAAGUUUGGAAUUGAAUGGGCAGAUGGUAAAACUGAAACACGUACUUCUACUUUAGUUCAAUAUGGUGAAGUCGGUGGUUACAGUGCUAUGGCUGCCACCGUAGGUUAUCCUGUUGCCAUUGCAACGAGACUUGUCUUAGAAGGUAAAAUCAAGGGCCCAGGUUUAUUAGCUCCAUACACCCCAGAGAUAAACGAUCCAAUCAUUAAAGAAUUAAAGGACAAAUAUGGCAUUUAUUUAGUUGAAAAGACUAUAAAAUAA